AGAGGAAAAUCCCAGCGUCACACUUCUCGAGAUCGCUCCCUCGACUGCUGCUGCUACUGCUCGUGGUGGCUCAUCGUCGUCGCCGUCGUCGUCAUCGCAACGAAAAGCGACGGAGUGUGUGUGCCUCGCGAAAGGAGCUGGCCCGGCGAUGAAGAAGCAUUUCCCGUCGAAGAAACCGUUGAAUCUGAUCACCAUCUGGGGAAAUGCUAGAACGGGAAAAUCUUUCUUCAUGAACGCCCUCAUUGCUCCGGAGAGAGACGACAACAACAAUGCCAGCAGCGAAAAGGACGUAUUCGCGGUCGAAGGAGGAUCAUGGCCCUGCACUGUAGGCGCCUCCAUGUCGACAACGACCCGCUCUCUAGAGCAGAUUUCAUCUGCAUCUUCACCUCCCCCUUCCUCCGCAGCUAGCGGCGGAGGACGGCGGAGUUGGUGGUGGAGGUCCUCGACCGAGCAGGCUUUGACAGGAGCAUCGCAGCCGCAGCAGCUGCCGGAUAUUGGAUUCGUGGACGUGGAAGGCCAGGGAGACAAGGGCGAUUCGUACGACACAAAACUGGUAGCCCCGCUCCUUCUUCUCUCUAAGGUUGUCAUCUACAACUGGCAAGGACUUCCCAACAGGGCCACCACGCUUGACAAGCUGUCAGCCAUGACGUACGCCGCGAGCCUGCUGAGCCCAGAAGAACGCGAGGACUCUUUCGGGCACCUGAUUAUUCUCCUGCGUGACGUGACCAGCAUGCAAGAGCAGAGUGCGUACGAUCGCAUAUUCGAGCAAGAAGACGAGACGGUCCGCAACACCAAAGCGGGAGACGCGCUGAAAGAGCGCAACGAGAAACGGAAGCUACUCCAGCAGUCAUUUCAGAGCAUUCGCGUGUGCUGCUUGCCCCGUCCUCACGGCGCCAUUGGAGAGCGCGAGAUCCUUCAGGCAGAGGUGUCGGCAGAGUUUACGGAAAAGGUCAGCGAACUGCGCCGUGAGCUCGCAACGGAUUUGCUGGUCGAGCCCCAUAGGUUUGGGGAUAGGCCUAUCGAGGGCGGAGUUGCGCUGGCGACUCUGCUGACUAAAGUGUGUGAAGCGGUGAACGACGGGUCAAACGACAUCGUCCCGCUCAGCAUGAUGGAGUCCGUGCAUGUGGAGCGCGCCGAGGGAGCAUACGAGGAGUCCAAGAAGGUGUUCUUUAGCACCCUCUCUCAACUGGGUGUGGAUCGCCCAAAGUCAGAGGCUGAUACAAAAACGCUCCUGGACAAAGCAGGGAGCACCGCCGUGGAGUGCUACACUCGAGAGACGCAGGGUUUGGCUCGGGCCGCUGUCGACAGAGGGGGGGAGAUGUUGGACCUGGCCAUUGCUCAGCGCGCUGGAGAAUGCUACGAUCGUCAGAAGGAUCAGAUUGAUGCAGCGCAGGCAGAGGUUGACCGUCUGAUCGACCAGGCGCAAACCUGUCACAUCAACAAGCAGCUGGUCGCCAUACGGAGAGGGUUGCCGAUGCGCAAGGGACAAGUUAAAUCUGCCUGGAACGGCAUGUGCAUUGAGCUGCACAAAAAACUGCAGGGCGACGUCGUGAAGAAGGUCGACGCCUACAAGGAUCUUAGUGGCGAUCUUCCGCGUGAGCUUCCUACGCUGGCGGCGUUCAAGAGCAGCAUACAAGGCAAGCUCGACCUCCUGUUGGCCGAGAAUGACCGGUUGGCCGCCGAGCGAGCCGAGGCGGAACGGAUCGAAAGAGCAAUCCAACUAGAGCGGGAGCGACAGGCAUGCCUGCGACAGCAAGAGGAGGAAGCGCAGAUGUGGUGGGAAGAAGCUCACAGAGAGAGGGGCCGGGGCAGGGGGCGGCGGGGGUAUUCGCCAUCAUCACGCGCCCGAUACGGCUACGACCACACCCUGUCGCCACCACCCACGCGAUGGCACACCUUAUCACCCCCACGCGAUCAUGGGACAAGAUACUACGACAACACGCUGUCACCACCACGCGACCGUAGGACAAGAUGCGACACGUUAGAAACAUGUUCCAUUUGUUCAGGUUGCUCAAUUUGCAGAGGGGGGAGAAGCCGCAGGGCAUCACCACCACCCGUCCCAUAUGACCCGCCGUCACCACCACACCACCGUGCUGGUGUGCGCGAAGAUAUAUCAGCAGCAGCAGCAGCAGCAGCAGCAGGGGCGCCGGCGGCAGUAGCAACUCCAAGCAGACGUACGCACGACGUCAAUGUGGGACCGAUCUGGGAUCAGGCCGACGCAGAGAGGAGGGCGCGCGAAUUCAUCGCCGAACAUCCCGACCAAGAGUGGACCGGACAAUGGACGACCACGUCGGAGGGGAAAGCAUCCGUUAUCGGUGUACGCGACAAGGCCGCAGCAGCAACUCGAAGCAGACGUACGCACGAUGUCAAUGUGGGACCGAUCUGGGAUCAGGCCGACGCCGAGAGAAGGGCGCGCGAAUUCAUCGCUGAACACCCCGACCAAGAGUGGACCGGACAAUGGACCACCACGUCGGAGGGGAAAGCAUCCGUUAUCGGUGUACGCGACAAGGCGUAACUCCCUCCUCGGGGGAUAGAUGGCUUACUACUCCCUCCAUUGGUAAAACAGGCAGUCGAAGACAAGACGGUGGUCGAGAUAGGCUGGUUGGUGUACUAUCGUCCAGCCCGUUCUGUGGAAGGGAUAGCUUGGAGUGUCUAAAUGCCCCACCCGUGCAAGUGAUGACAAAGGGAUUGUGGUGUACCUCCUCGGGCUUGUGUACCCUUUUCUUGCUGGUUUGCGUGUUCUUUAGAUCUUCUGAUGGCUCAAGCAUUGUUGUGACCAGGGACCGCGUCUUUGCUAGAUUUUGGGAUUAGCAACUGACACGAGUUUAAUGUGAAGGCCACAACAACAACAACAACAGUUUCAUUCCUACGUCACAUUAUAGCGUGUAGAGUGGAGCGGAGGGCUCCACACUGUUUGCCCCUGAUUUUUCGCUUUGGUAACCCUUCGGGUCCAUUUUUUUUCAGAAUACCUUUCGUACCGGAGUCAACCUGUGACUGCGGGAAUCGACCGCGUCAAGUGUUGCAUCAAAACGUACGUUGCAUCAGCGUGGACAGGGUACGACAGAUUAUGGCGGUAGAGGAUAGAGAGAUGGGAACGUGGAGACAAAAAAUAACAAAAUCAACUGGUUUGUGUGUCGUUGUCACAGGGAAAGGGACCGACUACUGUACCGUCCCUUCUCGCACGAGUAGUUGAAGGCAAGCAUACCAGGAGUCAGGCGAGGCACAAAAGAAAGUUCAUCUGCUUAGUUCCUUGUGUGUGACCCCGGGCUUCACUCAAAUAUUUGCAUCAGAACGCAGCAGGUUGUUUCUGGGAUGAAAAACACGUGCAGUUCUACUACCAUUUGAGUACCAUUCUAUUUUCCGUCUGACAAUUACUGGCCCUUUAUUCCGACAAAAAGUUCACUUCAUGUAUACAAAUACAAGGUUCUCCUUCGGGACGGGGGGGUGACGUAGGUAGUUAAGGAAGGUGAGAAUUCUUGGACUAGACCUACUCUAAAUCUUAAUGUUCAUCAGUGCUCGCCCCCGUACAAAAAAUGGCAUACAUCAUGGGACGGAGGAGGUGGAAAGGGUUGGCCGAAGAGGUUAAUUCGUAAGUUAAGGUUGUACAACUGUUGGGCAGCUGCAAUCUUGACACAGGUGGCGUAGGCAGUUGUAGCAGGCAUGAGAUGGAGGUAUUCCGGGACACUUUGGUAGGGUUGUUCAGGUUGACCAGCUAUUUGAGUGUUCUCUGAAUGGAUUCCAGCAAAGAUGGAGUCGUACAAAGUGUGUUGAGCCUGGUAAGGGGUUAUGGGAGUUGUCGUUGAUGUGGUCGAUGUUGCGUUCUGACCAGUUGGUACAUGUUGGGGUCGUUGAUAACUCGACGGGCAAUGCAUCUUAGUAGGCAUGCCCCAUCAUCGAUUUCAUUGACAAGUAGCCAAAAUCCUUGGUUACUGUUGUUCCCGUUGUUGGCGUUGCUGCCGUUGUUGUUGCCCGCCCCACCGCUGUCGUCAUCAUUGCGCGAUGUGCUAUUGCCAUUGUUGCAUCCUUCACCUUGGCUACGGUGCCCUACCGAGCUCCGGGUACGAGCGUUAAUAAUGUACCGACGAGCCUCCUGCGUGUCCCUGAGAAUGAAUCGCGAGAAAAGGCUCGUUGCCGCGAGAGAAAGAAAUGCCGAGGCAUGAAAAGUGACGAAAUCUUAGUCUAAAUGUUCAUAUUGUCAUACUCGCGGUUGACGCAGUCGCAACAGGCAGCGUAAGAAAGGCAGCACGAACUAUCUGGGGGGCUGAGCCGGGCAGCCAGCAGCUGUUGGUUCUUCUAGGGAUGCCUCUUGAAGGUUGAUAGUCGGUUGUCGUGCUGUUUCUUCUGUGAAAACGACGCCCCGCAUCUACUAGGUACCUUCGUAACACACGAGCUUCAAUGGAGCCGACCGAACGCACCAUGACCAUGACAGUCGGGACGUAGCCUAGGAGGGGACCGCUAGGCGUUCGGUUUCGGGUCUGCAGUAGGUUCGGAUAAUUUUGGGUCCAGAACAGGUUAACGCGAAACAUGUCUCACGAACUCCGAACAGUGAUGAUCAAGGAUCACACGUACUCGAACGUUCACGCAACAGGCUCUCCGCCCCAUGAUCUUUUUUUGCGUAAUAAUUACUGUACACAUAGAUAGGCACAUCAUCCAAUACAAGAUAUCGGCGCGUCAAUAUCCACCAAUAAAUGUUGGGAACAUUGGCACAACAGCAUUAUAGUGCACCUUUUACCACGCUUGUUCAACAGAUGACAAUGGGUGGUGUACGGCAUCAACCUGCCUGCAUAGACUACAGGUCACAUCCUGCCGAAAUAUCACAUCCAUCUGUGAAUGCCACCUAAGAGCUGUCGACUUCGAGCCGGAAGGGGAGGACGCAGACCACCACUUCUUCCCAGCGUCGUCCGCCGGCCCGUCGUCGCCGCCUCCAGCGUCGUCGUCGUCCUCUUCUUCGGAAGACGAGGGGAAUCGGUCGCACCCGUCAUCGGAUGAUGAUGAUCGUGUGGACCGGUUAUCGUCCUUGCAGUUGCUGGAGGCAACGUGCAAGGAGGAGGUGAAAGCGUACCUCCGAGCGUUGCGGCGUAGGCAGACUCCUCCGGAGCUCUCGCCAGCUACCGUCGCGUGGCAGCAGCGUCUCCUGACGGAGUCGGUGCCUGCUUCAUCGUUUGUUGCAACAGCGUCAGCUACGUCGUCUCGUGGAGCCUCGUCUCGUGGAACGAGUGCAACUACAACUCCAGCGGCAACGAGUGGAUCAAAUCCCUCGCCGAGUCCGUCGCUCACUGCGCCCGUCAACACGUCUACUUCGGUGUCGUGUUGCAUCUACGAAUGCGCAAUCGUACGUCGUCACACCUGUUACUUCAACGUCACAGAUGGCAUCGACUGCUGUAGCGACCGAAGCCCCCGUUCGUACUUUUCUGCAAGCAGCUACCGUUUCGAUAUCCGCGGCUGACCUCCGCAGCGUUCCCAAGCUGACUGGAGACCGUACAGAAAACGUGAUCGAAAUCUUGAAACAUUUUCGUACGGUGGUUGGGCUGAAAGCCGCAGCCGUCAACAUGGAUUCGUCGUUUGCUGAUGGGGUUGCACUCAAGCACGUUGCCCUGGUGGGAACAGGAGAAGUGUUGACCCUGAUANAGCGUUCCCAAGCUGACUGGAGACCGUGCCGAGAAUGCGAUAGAAAUCUUGAAACGUUUUCGUACGGUAGUUGGGCUGAAAGCCGCAGUUGUCAACACAGAUUCGUCGUAUGCUGAUGGGGUUGCACUCAAGCACGUUGCCCUUGUGGGAACAGGAGGGGUGUUGACCCUCAUACAGCAGAUCUUGUCUGGACAGNUUUUCCUCGUAUGCGCUCCGUUUCCGUGCUGUCAUGGCACGGUUCCAAGCUGCCGUCGAGCGUGAUGGUAGUCGUACGGCUUGGAAUUGCAUGACAGUAGCUCUGUGGCAAAAUGGGUUGACCCAUCGUUAUCGUUUGCUCGUUUCGAGCCAAUACCGUCUCCGUCCCUGAAACUCAGUGCCACAAAUGGUGCACCAGUCAAAGUUUUAGGAUUUAUUCCGUUCGUUGUUUGGUUGGGAGACGUGUCCCGCCGAAUCGAUGCGUUGGUCGUACCAUCGCUCGGUCCUGAUCAAAUACUCCUAGACAAUGAUGCAAUGACUCGGUUUGGGGCAGUACUUGACGGGAAAAAUGAACGUUUGACUUUUGAGUGUAGUGACACAAUUGUCCCCGCUAUUCAUCGUAAAAAAUCUCAACACGGCUAUGAUCCGUCGCCGUCCCCCCGUGUUGCAGCCGUUCAUCGAAAUGCGGA